AGAUAUAGGGUCUCGCUUAGACGCUCUGUGUCUGUCGACGCGCACCCACAUCCUCCCCCACCACCACCGGCGACCGCCUCCGCUCCCCUUCCAAGGCGCUCAUGGCGGCGGCGAUGCGUUCCCUCCUCCGCAAGGCGGCGCCGGGCCUCGGCCGCGGAUCGCAGGCCCUCGGCCUCAGGUCGCCCGGGCUGUCGCCGGCGGCUGGUUCCCGCCUCCUCUCCGCGACGGGGCGACAAGUGGUCUAUUCUGAUGAUGAUGAAACACUGGCUAAGCAGCGUGAGGAAAUAAAGCAAAUGACUGCUGAGUUUGACCAGAGCAUGCUGGAGAUCCGCAAGAACUUAGACGCCAUGAAUGAAAUUGCAAGGCGGAGUGCGGAGGACCAUGAGAAGUUCCUUAAGAAGCUGAAGAACAUUGAGAAGGCGUUCAACGUGGCACUGAUCGUUCUGGUGCCUACGACAGUUCUUCUACUUAUGUCUCUCUAGUAUCAUCUCAAGGCCUCGUAUGACCCCUCCUAGAGACUGUGUAUGUAUGCUAGGUUUGAAGCUCUCAUGGCUGUAGUGAUCCAGGUUUGAGGUAACACUCUGGUUCGGCAUUAUGGAAUCUUAUUGAACCUUUUACC